CACAUGAAAUUAUUCUGUGUUCUUCCGUGUAUUAUUUACAAAAAAAAAAAAAUGUGGACCAGUAGCAUUGACGUAAAGUAUUAGAUUUAACUUAGAAGGACAGUCAAUGGCAAAAAAAGGAUUACACAGAUUUGUGUACAGCCACUCCAGCAAAAAAUUUAAGAAAAACACUGAUUCUGGCCUCAAUGUCAUGGACAAGGUGUUUUGUGACCCUGUUCAUGGCCAGAUUUCUUUUCCUCCACUGUGUGUAGAAAUUAUUGACACCUUUUUGUUUCAACGCCUUCGCCAUAUAAAGCAACUAGGUUUUGUUUCUUACGUAUACCCUGGUGGAGUCAACACACGUUUUGAACAUUCCUUGGGGGUGGGAUUUUUGGCAAGGAAAUUCAUGAAUUGUUUGAAGUUACAGCAGCCAGAGCUUGAAAUCACAGAAAAACAAAUUCUGUGUGUAGAAGUGGCUGGACUUUGUCAUGACUUGGGACAUGGGCCAUUUUCUCACUUCUGGGAAAAAUUUAUCCACAGGGCUGAUCAUAAAGAAAAAGUAGUGUUUAAGCAUGAAGAUUUAUCUCUUCAAAUGGUGGAUUAUCUUUUGAAGGACAAGUUGAAGCAGAGGUUUGAAAAGCUAAAGAAACAAGGGGAAGAAAUUCUCAGUGAAAAUGACAUUGAGUUCAUUAAAAAGUUAAUUCUUGGAAAAAAUGAGGAAGAUAGUGAUCAUCAUUUCCUCUAUCAAAUCAUUAAUAAUGAAGACUCUGGAUUAGAUGUUGAUAAAUGGGAUUACUUUAUGAGAGAUUGCCACUAUGUGGGCUUGAAAUGUAACUUUGAUUACAAUCGUCUCAUUUUUAAUGCAAGAGUAAUAAGAGCAGAAGAUGGUAAACAGCACAUUUGUUUCAGAGACAAGGCUAUUCACAACAUUAGUGAUAUGUUUAAAACAAGGAGUGACCUUCAUACUGCAGUAUAUCAGCACAAGAAGGUACUGAUAGUUGAACGAAUGAUGACUGAUGCCUUAGUAAUGGCCUUUGAUAAACUAUCUGGACCUGAUGGAGAUAAAAUGAACUUGGUGGAAAUAACAAAAGCUGCAGUAAAAGAUGGUGGUUAUGAAGCAUUAGAGAAAUAUGCUAUACUCAUUGAUUCAGUACUGUUUUAUGAGAUUCGCAACAGCAAAAGACCAGAUUUAUUAGAAUCAAAGAAACUUCUUGUAGCUGUGGAAGAAAGGAGUUCAACUAAUAACUUUUAUAAACUUGUUGAUGUUCUUGAUGCAGACAAUACUGAUCAGAAAAAAAAUUAUAAGGAUUAUAUUUGUGAACAACUAUCUAAGAUUCAUGGUCUUAUUCCUAAUAAGGAGUGUCAUCAACUAGUCAAAUUAGAAACAAUGGAUAUUCAUUGGGGUAAAAAAGAGUUGAAUCCUUUGGAUUAUAUUUUUAUCUUCGAAAAACAUCAUCCUAAUCAGGCAGUGCCACUUUCAAAGAUGAAAACUGAUGCUAUCUAUGCUAUUCCAGAAAAAUAUCGUCACAUAAAAUUUUUGGUUUUAACCUCUAAGAUGGAGAAUGAAUUUAUUGAUGCCUUAAGAAACGUAUGUAAGAGAAUGAAGAAAGAAAGUAAAAUUUAUACUGAGUAAAAAAAGCCUUUUUUAAUGCAACAGAGGCCUAAAAAUCUUAAACCAGUAAGUCAUAUAAGGUUGAAAUAGCCACUGAACUUAAUAUAUACAUACUUUCCUGAUGGUUUUUCUUUAUCUUCAUUUUCAAGAUUUCAAGUCUUAUUAUAAAAGGUUUCUAAUCCAAAAAAUUUAGCCUUUCAUCUGAACAAAUUAUUUUACUCAAUCAUAAAGUGUAAAAUUCAUUAUUAGAACUAAAACCCCAUCUGUUGCAAAAUAUAAUUAUGCUACUUCACAAAUAGCCAUGAAAUAUUAACUUUUAGUUGUCUGACCCAUAACAGUAUAAAAGAGUUAUUAAAUUUAGUAGUUUAUUAGCAAAAUUUUAAAUUAAAAUGCCUUAAAAAGUGUGCAUAAUUUUCAAAUGUAGGUGCAUAUGCUCAUUCUGAGAAGGUCUUUUAAACAGAGGUUUUAUGGUUAGAAUUAAAACAGUAUAAUUUAAGUAUGUUAAACAAAAAAAUCAUAUUAUUGAAAGUGCAUGUACUUAAUAACAUGUCAGUUAUGUAUACUAUUUCUGUUGAAUCAAUAUGAUAUUAACCAGAUGUUUAAUCUGGUUUUUGAUCAACUUUGAUAAAACUAGGAUGGUGAAAUCUUUCAAGUAAAAAGAACAGUCCUUUUUACAUGGGAUAUCAAAAUGUAAUGUGAUACAAUAGAUGCCUAUAUAUAUAUAUAUUUUAUAUAGUGUUUGUAUGGUUUGUUUAAGUACAAUAUAAGUUAGUUACACUCAACUGACUUGUUUUUAAGUUAUAUUUGUUUGCAAGCAUAUACAAGUUUAUUCUUAAAUGCUUAAUUUAAAGUAAUCAAGGAUGCUUUUAAAAAUGAAUUGGUUUUAAAUAUCCAGUCUCACUUUGCUGUUUUUGUUUAAGUUAUUUUUGGUGGACUCAGAGUACAUGAGAAUAAAUGUCUGUAAACUACAUUAUAUUAUUUAUGUGUGUUAAUUUUUAUUUAGAUUAAACUAUAUAUAUACAGUUGUUUUACAAUUCCUAUUUUAAGUUGUUAAUUUAACUAUGUUUUUCUUUAAUACUGAUUUUAAAUAUUUUAUUUAUGUAGUCAUCUACCUGUGAGAUUUAUGUGGACAUCACGUUUGUGUUUACAUUAAACCAUGAUACUUGUAGGAAGACAUACAAUUAAUAUGAAUCAGGUUUUCUAGUUUAUCUUCCUGCCUUAAUCAUAUUUUAAGCAUUAGUAUAUUUAAAAAAGAUUAGAUUUUUAUAACAUUUAGUGACAGAAAAAUAAUGCCCCCCAGUAGCACAGCGGUAUGUCUGCGGACUUACAGCGCUGGAAUCCGGGUUUCGAUACCCGUGGUG